AUGAAACCCGGAAGUGCCGUCCUGCAGGAGGCAGUAGGCUCGGCGGUGGCAGCAGGAGUUACGCCAUUUGAGCAGAGCAGGUCCAGCCGUGACUUGUCCUCCUGACAGUGGCUGACAGUAGUGUUUUUGUUUUCAUCAUUUCUGCUCUGAGGGUGUGAUUUAAAGUGAGUGCAACGUGACGAGCCUGGAUGAGAUGUUGGAUGCGCGGCUCAAGCUAGAAGUUGGUCGCUUCACGCUCCGGGUUCCCGUGCAAAAUGUCUUAUAAGACUCAGUCACUGUAGGUUCAAGUUUUUCAAGACAGCCGACACCGACAGUGGAGAGUGUGGUGCCGCCAGAGACGCUGAUAUCUGCUGUUCACCCAGAGGACAGAGCAUUAUGGUCAAAGUGGAAUGAGUAAGGCAUCACAGAUAAUGUGUGCCGGCAGAGACCAGCCUGCUGGGUGCAGUGCGUGAGACCUGCACGCUUUACGGCUGCCUGCCUGCCUGCCUGCGUGCGUGCGUGCGUGCCUGUGACUGUGUGAGUGUGAGAGUGAACCCCGGCUCACAUGCUCCAGGUUUUGACACGUAGCUCUUAGAGCGGCGGAAAGACGAGACGCUGUCAGCCGAGUGCUGAGUGAGUCCGUCCGGCCAGUCAUGUCCAGGUCCAGCCGCCGGUACAAGUCCCUGCAGCCCGGCAGCGGCAGCAGCGGCUCUCUGCCUGGAUGUGACCGGGUGCGGAUGCCCCGGGCCCGGGUCCUGCUCUUCUGCCUGUUCGGCGUCCUGCUGCUGGCGGUGGUGCUGAGCAUCCACCUGUCCAGCGACACCGGGGCGGGCCGCAGCGUGCCUCCUGUGGAUCUGGCCAAAGACAGGCUGUCCCACAAGCCCAGCAAAUGCUCUCCAGCUCAGAUUCGUCGUUUAGCCUCUCAGGUGGAUGGAGUUCGCCUGUGGGAGACUCAUCUGAGGCCCAUUCUGAUACAGCGGCUCCCCGGGACACAAGGCAGCCUGGCAGUACAGCAGCACAUCUCCUCCACGUUAUCCUCGCUCUCUGCGGGCUGGACAGUCGACCUCGACUCCUUCCAGUCUCCCACCCCCCGUGGCCAGGUCACCUUCACCAACAUCAUCGCAAUCCUCGACCCUUCGGCCCCCCGCAGGCUGCUGCUGACCUGCCACUAUGACUCUAAGUCUCUGCCUCCGGACCCCCGAGCCCCAGAGAAGGUGUUUCUGGGGGCCAGUGACUCGGCGGUCCCCUGCGCCAUGAUCCUGGAACUCGCCACUUCUCUGGACGCCCAGCUUAGAUCCCUUAAACAGCAGAAACCUCCAGUAACUCUCCAGCUCGUGUUUUUUGACGGGGAGGAGUCAUUUGAGGAAUGGACCGAUACAGACUCACUGUAUGGCUCCCGCCACAUGGCUGAGCGCAUGGCGAGCACCCCGCACCCUCCAGGCUCCACUCACACCACCCUGCUCCAGGCUGUGGAUCUCUUUGUGCUGCUUGACCUGCUCGGUGGCCCCGACCCUCUGAUCGUGAAUCACUUUGAUAACACGGCCCGCUGGUUUGACCGUCUCAUCACUGCGGAGAAGAGACUCCACCGACAGGGUCUGCUGAUGUCUCACCCCUCAGAGCAGACCUACUUCAGAAAGGACGUGUACCUCGGACCCGUGCAGGACGACCACAUCCCCUUCCUUCAUAAAGGCGUCCCUGUGCUGCAUGUCAUCACGACGCCCUUCCCCCAGUUCUGGCACACUCUGGAUGACACAGAGGAGAACAUGCACCGACCCACAGUGGAAAACCUCACCAAGGUCCUGGCUGUCUUCCUGGCAGAGUACCUGGGCUUCUGAACGUGAACAAAAACACGAAACACUGAGGUGUCCUGCACGCCCAGACCCAAAUCCACCAAUUUCACCUGAGGACUUCGGCUCACUCGCACCCAGUGCUGGAGUGCAAGUGGUGCUCAUCACACUGGGUGACAAAUGGGGGUUUGGAGUAAACGAUAAUAACCCAGAACCUCAGAUUCUAGGCCCAUAUGUGAUAUUCAGGAGUGGACUGGAUGCAGACACACAGGAGAAGAGCCUGCUGAUCUGAUCUGAACUGAUCUAGAUCAGUGUACUUGAGGCCCAGAUGAACUCAGCCAAAGACUUGCACUAUUGGACUCCCUGGUCUCCUUCAUUUCGUCAAAACAGAUGAGCUUGAGGCCCCAGUCCCACCUUGUAGCCAUGCCUUGUCUUGCAUCCAAAUAGUCUUAAUUUAACGGUUAAUGCUGGCUGAUGAAGGCGGCCUGUUAAUGGUAUCUUUUACCCGAGGAGAUGUGUAGAAAUUCAUCUCUGUGAAUUCAAAAGUUCUCUGAAUCCUUUUGCUCCAUUCUUGUGAAAAAUCUCAGCCUUAUCCCUUCUUUAACCCAAUGUGAUUUGCUAAAGUGUCAUAUGGUGGACAUUCACCUGUGAUUUUAUGCAAUAAGCUCUCUGAGCCACAGUAUGAACACUGUUCAUAGAGUGACAAUGAAAAAGUGACUGAGUAGACUAAGUCUUACCUGUGAAUAAUUCUCUUGCCUGAAGAUCCUCUUGCCUUAAGCCCUAUUUGAACAGGACUAGUAUUUCCUGGUGACCUCUAGUACUUUAUAAGAAGUGUAGGUCCCAGAACCCUCAUCAUCUGGGAUCUUAAUGUCGUGCAAAUUGUCCAUGUCCGUAAUUUGUAAAAAUUCCAGCGCAAAUUACCUACCAUAUUUUGGCAACCACAGAGGUCAUCAGAUAAAAUGAGUCCUGUGCUAAUCAGCAUUUGCACCCUGCUGUUGUUCACCAUUAUGUUUCAUGUUGCACAUUCUGUCCAGAUGAUGCCAUGAGACUCAGUAAAAUCAGACGAAUGUUUUUUUUUGUUUGUUUUUUUUACACCAUACGUAAGGUGUAGUGAAAGGUCUGCAACAAAGUGUUAAUGGGUUUAUUCCGUUAUAGCCCGUUAAUUUACACAAUGAAGUCAAAAACCUACACAAAAAUGGUUUUCACUAGACAUAAUAUAUCUUUGUGUGUACAUAGGAGAAUGUCUUAACUUUCCCAUCUUAGUUUUCCUCAUCCUCUGACAAAUGAAGACAUAUGGCACCUGACUGGAAUGAAUGUCGGUGUCAUGUGGUUAUAUUGUAUGUAAUGAUGUGUGUGUCUUUCCAAACAACAAAAAUCCAGGCCAGUUUGCAGCAGCACAUCUGUGCGUGUUACAUUUUGUUCAGUCAUGAGGCCUGCUUUCAAUGUCUGUCUUUUCCUGCGCAUCUGUAUGUCUAAUGUGUCUCAGUUAUGCGGCGGUGUCUGAUAAUAAGCCAUGUUUGAUAAUAAACAUUACUGAAACAGGAAGA